CCACUUUUAAGGACACGGCUUCUUUUACCGAUAAGCCUGUCCAUUUUUGAUACUUAUUCAUUGCCCGACGAAGAAAAGAAUAUAGACAUGCUUCAACGACAUCUGCCGCAACUUUUCGCAUUGGUUUUAAUUUUCUUUAAUUGCGCUUAUGCAGGAAACUUUCGACAAAAAGCUUUUUUCAAUGGACCAUGUCUUCGAGAAGAAUUCCGAUGUGAUAACAAUCAGUGUGUGAAAAGAACUUCUUUUUGUGAUGGAAUAACAGAUUGUUCAGAUAGCUCCGAUGAACGUUACUGCUCAGUUAGAUUGGGAGAGUGCCCCCAAAACUUCUUUUAUUGUGGUAGACCCAAUUAUGAUCGUUAUGGUCGUGAUAAAUGUAUUCCUGAAGUAUGGGUGUGCGAUGGAACGAAAGAUUGCAGUCAUGGAAAAGACGAAAAUAACUGCACAAAUGCGUAUGACGGAACAAUACAAGGAAUAAAUACUUCAAAGCAAAGGGCUAUUAAAUACCUUUUGGCGCAGUCGAAGCAUAAUUCCUCAAUAGGAAAAUGGGGUCCGGAACUGAACAGAAUAGCUGUUGCUUUAUACCUUGCUGAGAAACCAGAAAGAGACUCAUUUUCUGGUGUCCUUCAACAGCAGCCCGCCAUUCCUUACGAACUCAGUCUCCAGUUCUUAUCAAGACUUGCUCUGAAACAAAUUGAAGAUGUUUCAAAUACGGAAUUGGCUGCAUUCAUCAAUGCUUUCCUCGUGUCUUGCAUUAAUCCCAGAAACUUCUAUGUAGUAGACCUGGUAAGGGAGCUAAGAAAACGCGUGGAUUCACAAAAUUCGACAAAUCCGUUCGCAAUACUCGCUCUCUGCAAUGCCGGAGAACAUAUCUCUUCCCGAGAUGUUGAGAAGCUUAUCGAGAUGUUUUCGAGCAAACAACGCCAAUUCUGGACAGAUACGCAAGCCCUUAUUGUAAUGGCAUUAUCCUGCGCUGCCUUACAGCCCAACAGUAACUUCGACAUGGGUGAGAUCAAAGAGAUGACCCUCGAAUUGAAACAGCGCCAGUUUAGAAACGGAACGGUGGAAAAUGUUAAAACGACUGCACUAGUCCUCCAGGCCUUAUUUGCUUCAGAAACAGAGGACGAUGAUGAACAUUUUGACGAAGAAAAAGCCAUUAAACAGCUUCUUGCAAGUCAGAAAUCAGAUGGCUCCUUUGGAAAUGUUGUGAAUACUUACUACGUUCUGCCAAUUCUUAAUUACAGAAGUUUAGUGAAUAUCAGCAACAAGCAUUGUCAAAAUUUGGAAUCGGAUGAAAAAAGAGGCCUGUGGAAUUUGGUGAAUCAACCUGGCCCAAAAUGGCACAUUCAGUACUCCUAUUGGAUAGGAGAAAAUAGAGACGUGGAAAGGAAUCUCAAGCUGAGGGUGCCGACCAACAUCUCCCUCUACACCAUUAUGGAAAUGGCAGCUGAAGUGGAUUCCAGAUUCAGCUUCCAGUACAACGUGAAAAAAGGAAAGCCCUACAUCUUCUCGCUAUAUGAUUUUCAGGACGAUCCCGAAAACGAAAAAUACUGGUUUCCUCUUUUUGUAAAAAAAGAAAACGACGAAAUCAAGUAUCUGCCAAUUACAAAGAGUCCAGCGGAUGUCAUCCCGCAAAACCACGACCAUUUUGUUAUGUGGUACAAAUGAGAUUUAAAAGAAGGAAUGAAAAUAACAUGCUACUAUUUUAACCACAGUACGCGUCAAUAUAUGUUUUUCUUCUUGUCUGGAUUCUUACAUUUUUCCAUUUAUAGUUACCGUUUCGAUGUGAAUAUUUUGCCAAAAAUUAUAAUAAAAUAAUAAGAUUAAAAAUAGCACUGUUUCAGAAUUUCGGACGAGAAGUUCAAUAAUGAGAAUGAAAAUGUACUGAAUUUUAUGCAUGAUUUUUAUAGUUUCAUACCACGCAUUAAUUAUUCCGUAGAUUCUUAGAGCAUAUCGAAUUUUUUUCCAAGAAUGUGUAUGAUUUCGAACAUUUGAGGGAGUAUCAUGAGAGGUUUACUGAAUGAUACUAAAACUAUUAAGAAGAAACCAGAUAUUUUUCCUAUUUCAUGAAAAUUUAUGAAAAUUCAUGAUGCGUCAUAAAAGAAAUCACAUUGUAUGAAACAAUUUUAAGAGCAUUAAAAUAUCUUCAAAU